CCUUCUUCCCAGAAGGGGGUCAUGACAUCAUGAGUCGCUGGCGUUCUUCAGUGGAUGAGCUAUCAGCUCGGCGGCGGCAGCAGGGUGAAUGUGAGCGUGCUCAGGAAGCUCUCAGUCGAGUGACUUCCUGUUUCCAGCAGCUGGCGGCGUCGCUCGGCAGCUCGGCGGACUGCAGCUUCCUGCGAGACGAGAUGGACGAGAUGAGAGCACUCGCGCACAGAAUCUGCAGUGGUCUGUCCCAGCGUCUGGUGCGUCUGCUGUCAGACUGUGACUCCAUCCCCCCAGGUGUGGAGGACAGACAGGUGUCUGAGCGUCUGUGGGUUCUCUUCCUGUCAGCGCUGGAGGAAUUCCUGUCUGACCUCCGCAGGACCUACGAUCUGAUUGGGCAGUUCCCUCUGAAACGGCAGUACGACAGGCGCUUGCUGGUUAACACAGGAUGUGUCGAUGGCAUGGUGGGCGUGGCAGCACGAGUGGCUUCGGUCCAGGUGCCAUGGCUCACCUUAAAGGAGGAGCCGAGCCCUGAUCUGACCAAUCACAUCGCAGGACUGGAGGCCAUGCUGAGUGAGAUGCAACUGAGGGUUCCUGUCGCGUUCUGGUCGGUGGAGGCAACUCAGCCGGCGUGGGCCGAAGCUCACGGUGAUGUGGUCGAGCCGGACCACAGCCUGGAGGACCUGAUGGAGGUUGAGGUUGCCUCCAACAGCAAAGCGGCUGCCUGCUUCCAGCCCCCGUGUUGCGGACUGGGCUGCAUCGGGUAGAGGAGGGGCUGUGCGACACACCUGACAGCAUUACAGGCCGCUCAUGUUUGGGUUUGAAUAAUAAACAUAAACAUCAACAAAAACUGAUUUGAUAAUGCAGAGUUACAGCCACUGUGAGAGGAAACAAAUUCCAGAUUUUCAGAAUAAGUUAAAAACAUAAGAAAAAAAACCCACACUGUUGUCAUAUUGACAGUCACACAUUUUGUAUUUCAGUUAUGUGCUACAGAUUUCCAGAAUCAGAAUUCCUUUAUUUAUCCUCGGAGGGAAAUUCUUUAAAUUCUUUCCAGGCCCUCAAGCUUCAAAUUGAAGGACCAAACAACAGUUUGAGUCACAGAUCAACUGACAGUUUCUGAGAGCACUUGCAGACUUUGCAGAAACAGAAUUAAAGUGGCUGAAAGUGAGCACUCGGCUCAGCACGUGGGACAGACGAUCCGCUUUUCACGGGAAUCGGGUCGUAAAAUCCUGAAGUUCCCUCGCUGAUCUGAGGAUGUACAGAAUCACAGUAAGGUUCCACUUCCUGAAUACAGAAAAAUAAAACAGCUUAACAAAGA